AUGGCUGCCAAAAGUUCCUCGACGAAAGCACAAGUACACAAACAAUGUAAUAUGUGCGAAGAAACUACAGAAGUAAAAUUUAGAUGCUUGGAUUGUGAAUAUCUUUUAUGUUUAAAGUGUCGUAAGAUGCACGAGAAAGUGAAAGCACUACAGAAGCAUAAAGUUGUUGAUUUAAAAGACGAGACGGUCGUUGUUACAAGGUCGAUCGCAGAAAAGGCAAAUAAUUGUCAUUUGCAUAGAGAUGAGACGUGCAUUAUGUACUGCAAAGAUUGCGAACAAUUGGUUUGUCCUUCGUGCAUCAUUGAAAAUCACCAAAAACAUACACUGGGAGAUAUAAAAGUUGUUCUUCAGAAAAUAAACUUCAUAGAAAAAUAUGGCACUGAAAUUGACCAAAAUAUACUGCCAAACAUUUUAAGGAAACUAGCUGUUUGUGAAGAUCUGAUAACGUUUCAUACCAAAAAAGCUGAAACUACAAAAUCUAAAAUAAAAGAAUGGUUAGGUUACUUUGCGAGAGCGGUUGAAAAAGCAGUGAAAAAUCAAACUCAAGAUUUUUACGAAGAAAUAGACAAAAAUGUCGACGAAAUUAAGACAAGACUGUUACCACAAGUAAGCACUUUGAAUGAGAUGAAAAAAGAAGUUCAAGAAAUUCGAACGAAAAUCGAUACCCUUUCAAGCUGCAAAAACCUUUCCAAAACAGCUGAUUUAGAAACAAGUAUUAAUAAACUAUCCGAAAACCUUAACAAGGUAGGAACACAAGAAAGGACAAAAUUCCUGGAAUUUGUAGGAAAGGAAUUUAAAACUUCCUUUAUGCCUUUACUCGGGGAACUAAGAUUAAGGGCUGUCUUUGAAUUAAAUCUUGUUAGCUCGAUUGCAACAGCAGUGAACUCAAUAGAUAAAAUCAUAUCAUGCAAUAAUAAUCAGAUCUUAGUCCGAAAUUGGGAAUCUAGAAAAAUGUGGAAAUUCAAACUAGAGAAUGAAAAAGCAAUUGAGCUUGGAAAUUGGGCUAUGGAUGUCAAAGAUAUAGCCGCAUUGAGAUCAGGUGAUAUUUUAUUAAUUCUGGCUGACAAAACUGAAGUGAGACACAUACCCUAUCUUCGACAAUAUGAUAGCGAUCAUAAUCAAAGUAUCGCCGACAUUUCAGCGUUCUUCUUUGAUACUACCCCACAAAUACCGACUACAGUACAUGUGACCCGUAAAAAUAACGUUAUCUUAAGUACUGUCGAACCUGGGCGAGACUGGCUACCAAUGGAUAGUCCAUGUAAAGUACAAAUAAUAGUUCUAACAGAACAAGGACAUAUCAUCUCACAAUUCGAUUACGACAAGGAUUUGUUCUGUUUUCCGAACAGAAUCGCCUCUUUCGGUUCGGACAUUUGUGUAGCAGAUUCUAUUUCCGAUUACUCCGGUAGAUUGGUAACACUCGACAGCACAGGAAAAGUCAGAUGGACCUACGGAGACGAAGAACAAAAUUCCGUCGUGAUAGCCGACAUGGUUUCUACGCCGCUUUCAAACAUAAUACUGUUUGACGCUUGUCAACGUGUCUUACGCGCCCUUGAUUCUGAGGGAAGAUUUUUAAACACAUGGAGAUUACAAGACUUUAGUAUUAACGAUGCGUAUGCAAUGACGAUGUCAAGUGAUGAAAAAUUAUUGAUUGGCUCUGGUCAUACGGGAAAAAAUUUACACGUUCUUGAAUUGCGAGAAUAA